CCUGUUUCCGCGAGGAGCGGGACGUGCUGGCGCGCGGUGACCGACGCUGGAUCACGCGGCUGCACUUCGCCUUCCAGGACCCGCAGUGCCUGUACCUGGUGAUGGAGUACUACAUCGGCGGGGACCUCCUGACGCUGCUCAGCAAGUUUGGGGACCGGCUGCCGCUGACCAUGGCGCGCUUCUACCUGGCCGAGCUGGUGAUGGCCAUCGACUCCGUGCACCGCCUGGGCUACGUGCACCGGGACAUCAAACCCGACAACAUCCUGCUGGACCGCUGGGGACACAUCCGGCUUGGGGACUUCGGGUCCUGCCUGCGCCUGGGCCCGAUGGCACCGUGCGCUCGGCGGUGGCCGUGGGCACCCCCGAUUACCUGUGCGCUCGGCGGUGGCCGUGGGCACCCCCGAUUACCUGUCCCCGAGAUGCUCCUGGCCGUCGAGGACCCCUCGCUGUCGUACGGCCCCGAGUGCGACUGGUGGGCGCUGGGGGUCCUGGCCUACGAGAUGUUCUACGGGAGACCCCCGUUCUUCGCCGACACCGUGCUCGAGACCUACGCCAAGAUCCUGCACUUCCAGGACCACCUGCACCUGCCCCGACACCGAUGA